UGUAAGGAUCGGCAAAGCUAUAAAAAACUUUAUUUGAGAAAACUUAGUUUAAAAAUCAAGUUCAGAAAAUUUUAUAUAAUGCGCUUUAUGAAUAAAUCGGAUAAAAUGCAUUUUGGUCAACUCUCGCCGAAGAUGGUUGAUAUUCCUAUCCAUUCACCAUGUUGUGCUGUGUUGAUGAACUCGAAAGACACAGGGAAAAUAGGAGACAAAUCUAAGACAAAAUCGGACGAAUGCAGUCGUUCAAAAUUUUGCGGAAAGAAAUGUAUUAUUUUAAGCACAGUAGGCUCUCUUUUACUGAUAAUGACCUUGUUGAGAUUCGUGUUUCUUAUAAUAUUCGUGAAUAAUACUCCAGCUCGCGUUCAGCCGGAAUCACGCAUGGAACGAAUCAUUAAGCAAAGUUAUCUUCUUGCUAGAUCGACGGAAAGAAUGAUCGAUAAAGACUCAUCUUUCAGAAAUCAAACGAAGCUCACGAACCAGAUAACGCAAGCUGUAGAAGACGAUGCGUUUCCGACGAUGAAUGGAGGAGACAUGCGUUUCAAACGAGAAAUAUCACGCGCGAGAAGAGACUGCGAGAUGAGCGCUGAACGUUGCGAGAUGCUGUUGCAGACGAUGGAAAGCUAUCUCAAGACGCUCAAGAAUAAUGCGCUAAGCGACGAAAAUCCCGUACCCGUAUUGGACAUUUUAAAGUGUCUGCGGUGCAAGAAUCUGCAAUCGUCUAUCGCAAAAAAAUUCAACGAGGAUCCUAUGCGAUCGCAGGAUCAAUAUUUCCCCCUUGGGAAAGUCGAGCAAAGUCGCUCGAACGAUUCCGGCAUCAUCGCCAUCAAAUUGCUGGAUGAGGAAGAGGUUAAACGGGCGGAAGUAAAUCGAAUGGAAGCGGUGAAAAUCCAAGUGACGACUUCUCUUAUAAGCAACAUACCGCAGGAUUCUGCGAAUCAAUCAUUGAGAAACGAUUCAUCGGGAACCAUCACUAGUUCAUCAGUUAAUGGCACAAAUUAUAAUAAUAGUCAACAGAUAGAUACAAAUACGGCUGGUAUUAAUAACAGCUCGACGAUGAGCAUAAAUAAAGAAUCGGAUAAUUUAAUGACAAUCGACUCGCGUACAAUGACGAGCCGAAUCAAUGAGAACAGUUCUUCCGCAUCAAACGUCGAUCAACAAAUUGAAAGUGGAAGUAUUACGAGUGAAACGGUAACGCUGCAGUUUAAUGCAACGGAGUUGAAUAACACGACACAAUAUACCGUCGCAAAAGACGAUACAAUAUCCAAAAGAAUCACCGAUUAUUCAGUCGAAUCAACUGAAGCAAAUACGCGAUAUACCAUUAAUAUCAUAAAACAGAUUGAGAUUACUGAAAACGUGACGAGUAUGCCAGCAGGAUACGACGUGACAGAAAUCGACAACGAUGAUGACAACGCGACGUAUCCUUCAGUGCAACCUUCGCUGGAAGGUCACCCGGAAAAUCAAUCGGCUACAACGAUAAACGGAUCAACGAAAGAUCACAGCGUUUUCAGUAAAUUCACAUCGGACGAUCGUUCUGAAACGAAGAACAGCAGCGAGCAACCCAUUCAAGCAACUUCUGAGAGCACGAAAUCCUUCCAGCAAUUGCAGAUGUUACCCACGAUGUUACAUGCCGUUUGCAUUUAUGAUUAUUCAGUUAACCAGUCUUCUAAUAUGCCGUUUCCAGCGUUCUUUUAUCCAGAUUCGUCUGAUCCUUCCAUUAUGCAAAAUCAUAAAUUUCCAUUCCCAAAGUCAUCUUAUCGAGGUUCCCCGCCGUCGAAUUACAUGCAACUGCAGACGAAUACGAUGCAGUUUAUGCCGAGAUUCGGUUAUGCUGGCAAUCUGCCGCAAACUCAAGUAGCGAGACAAGAUACCGGUCUUACGGGAUCAACACCAAACGUAUCACCGAUCAAUCAACAGCCAAUGGAAAAGCCGUACUUUUGCGGCUACAUGUCAUUGCCGAUUCUUCACCUCUCGUCGAUCUCUGACACGUUGCCAUCUGGUCGUUUCUCUGUUGACAAUGUGAAGGAUUCUCCGCCGGAAGGACCACGAAAACUUUUUCAAAAGGAUGGGACUGUCAUAUCGCAGGACGACUCAGUGUACAAGUGUCCUAAAAAUUAUUAUCAGUGUGAUAAUCUGUUCUGCAUUCCGGAGAUUAAUAGGUGCGACGGUCGUGUUAAUUGCUUUGAUGUCAGCGAUGAAACGAGCUGCUCCUGCAAGGAUCGGGUAUCACAAGAUCAAAUUUGCGACGGUUAUUUUGAUUGCCCACAUGGAGAGGAUGAGCUCGGUUGUUUCGAUUGCCCGGCAGACUCUUUCAGUUGUAAUUACGAUCCAAAUAAUCCACUGAAACAUAGUUGUGUGCCACUUUCGCAACGUUGCGACGGUAUUGAACAAUGUUCUAACGGAAAAGACGAACUGGACUGCACUAUACUUUCGGAAUCCUACAUAAGUCCAAAAGAUAUAUCUACUGUUGGUUAUACUCAAGGAUAUUUGCAUAAAAACGUACAAGGACAAUGGUAUCCCGUUUGUUCGGCCACAUCUUCAUGGGCAAUUGAUGCCUGUUUAUCGGAAAUUGGUCAACCGCUAACAGCUAUGCCGGAUAUACAAAGGAUACGUGUGCCUGAAAACGUCUUUCAAGAUCCUUACGUAAAAGAAAUAGACGGUCAGAUAAAAUUGGCAUCGUGUUCGGGUACGGCAAUAUUCGUAAAGUGUCCGCCGUUACCGUGUGGCAUAAAAACCAUCCCCCAUCAGGAUUUUUCCUAUAUUGUCGAUACAAUGAGAAACGAUUAUGCAUACAAAAGGCAGGCAAAGGAACAACACGUCUCGUAUAAGUUCAAUAAGCUUUAUCAAGAAACACUGAGGCUAUUGGAUACGAAUUCGGCGUUCGAGAAGAAAGAGCAAGAUCAAAACGACACCCUCGUCGGGGCACAAUCACGAGUGGUCGGCGGUCGAGCGAGUCAGCCCAAAGCCUGGCCAUUUCUGGUUGCCAUUUAUAAAGACGGUCAUUUCCAUUGCGGUGGCGUUAUUAUCAGUGAAAUACACGUACUCACCGCGGGUCACUGCAUGGAUGGAUACGAGAAACAUUAUUACGAGAUACAAGCUGGCACGCUCAGACGAUCUUCAUUUUCACCGACGGGUCAGUCGAGGAGAGCGAAAUUCAUAGUUCUUCAUCCGGAUUACGAAAAAAAACAUAUGCAGAACGACGUAUCACUUGUCAUGCUGGACAAACCGUUCAUUUUCAACCGAUGGGUUCGCCAGGUUUGCUUGCCAUCGCCAAGUAUCAUGGGCCCUGAAUGGGAAGAGGAACCAUCACCAUUAUCUAUGUGCGUUGCUAUUGGAUGGGGAGCCUUAAGAGAAGAUGGACCAAAUUCGGAUUAUUUGCGAGAAGUGGAAGUACCGAUCUUGCCAAAAUGCAAGCAUUUGCCCGAUCGGAAUAAGGCCACAAUCUGUGCAGGAUAUCCUGAAGGUGGCCAGGAUACUUGUCAAGGUGAUAGUGGUGGUCCUUUGAUGUGCAGAAGACAAGAUUUUGAUUUACAAGCGAUAUGGUACGUGGCGGGUAUAGUUAGUCAUGGUGACGGAUGCGCGCGUCCAAACGAGCCGGGUGUUUACAUGAAAAUAAGUUAUUUCUUGGACUGGAUUCAACAAAUGUCUGGUAUGUUAAAUAAUUUUAUGGAGCCCUUUUAUGAUUUUGAAAGACCUUUGGCCAAUUGUCCAACAUUUAGCUGCGACGAUGGAAAGUGUUUGCCGAUAGAACGACGUUGUAAUCGAAUUAUAGAUUGUUUGAACGGAGAAGAUGAAAUUGAAUGUUACCUGUCUGAAGUAUCGAAUAUGAAUAAUAUCAAAUACAAACAAUCAAACUCCGAUGAAAUAGUAAAAUCACAAACAGAUAAAAUAUUCGACGAUAAAAAUAUGAAAAAUCAAAUGAGCACGGAAGCAAUUCCCAUCUUUACUUCUCACCGUUUCUUCUAUAAAAUACAGACCGAUAUUAAUGAAGACUCUAAUAUGUUAAAUACUACAGUAACACCUAAAACAACAAGCGUUAGAUCAACGUUCACAUGCAAGAGAUUGAUUCAAACUAUAACGAUCAAUAAGAGAUGCGAUAAGCACUUGGAUUGCGAGGACGCUACCGAUGAAGAGGACUGCACUUGUCGAGAUUACCUGUCGAAUCAGCAACCAAUGGCGAUUUGCGACGGACAUUUGGAUUGUUACGAUGAAACGGAUGAAAAAGAUUGCGGUAUAUGCGGAGCCGACGAGUUUUACUGCUUUAGGAGCGAAGGGUGCAUCCCGAUAAUGAAUAAAUGCGACGGCUACCUUGAUUGUCCUUUGAACGAGGACGAACUUGAUUGCCUUGCAUUGACUGACGGAGAAUAUGUAAAUGUGAACAGCGAUGAUCAGACAGUUUUAAAUAUGGAGGGUUUACUCAGUAGAUAUUAUGAUGGAACGUGGCACGUGCAGUGUCUCGAAGCAGAGAUAUUGGCUAAUAAUACCGUAACGUCGAUGAUCGGACAGAAUUUAUGCGAAUAUCUUGGAUUUGCAAAUCCGCAGUCAAUGGAUAAAGUCGUCGCGAAUAAGACGGUGCUGGAAACGAGAUUCUGGCGAAAGUCGGAUAACAUUACAAGUUACGAACCUUCACCGGGGCACGUCGCGGCGAGCGAAGAAAACGAGACCUGUACGACGCUACGGAUUCGCUGCAGACAGGUUUUGAGCAGCAGCGUUGACUCGCACCUGAUCGUCGAUCCGAGAACCGGCAAUCGUACUUACCUGUGGCCAUGGCUGGCCGCUAUCUUCGUCGACGGCCAUUAUCGCUGCUCGGCCUUGCUUGUGGAACCAGACUGGCUUCUGUCCAGCUCGAGCUGCACGAAAGAUAUAAAAUUAUCGGUGAAUUAUACGACAGCAUUGCUUGGACAAAGCCGCUCGUACCUUUACGUCGACGGCCCUCACCAACAGAUUUCGGUCGUUGAUGAAAUCAGGAACGUGAAAUCGGAAGUCUCCUUGCUCCAUUUGAAAACUGCAACGAAUCUUACUCGUUACGUUCAACCAUUAUUUAUAGAAAAGAAAAUCUACCCGCCAGUAAAGAACGAUUUAUGCGUUGCUGUCGGUACAAACAAGGAAUACGUGACACAAUCGAUCUUUCUGCAACCGGUCCUUGAAAAUUGCGAAAAUUGUUAUCGCUGCUUUGUUGAAGCUUCAGAUUUCAAAUGUCGGAUCAAUGAAACUUCAUCGGAUUGGAGCGGAACUGUGUUCUGUCGAAACGAGAAAGGAUGGUAUCCCACGGCAGUAUUUCACGAAAACGACGAUUUGUGCAAUUUCCAAAGCAUGCAAAACUUGACGAGCAUCGAUUACAUCCACGCUUUCUUCAUACAUUCUUUAGAAACAGAUUUAGAGCCAACACCGGAACCAACAUGCGAUGGCGUUCGAUGCAAUAUUGGACAGUGCAUCCCUUGGAAUCAAGUAUGCGAUGAUAUAGUAGACUGUCGAGAUGGUUCGGACGAGAAAGACGAAAUGUGCGUGCGCGAAAUGCAACAAACUAGAAACAGUAGUAAUAAACCUAAAAAAUGUGCAAAGUCGGAGUUGCAAUGCAAGAAUGGUGAAUGCAUCCCGAAGAGCGCAUUUUGUGACGAUAAAGUGGACUGUUCAGACGGAACGGACGAACCCAUAACAUGCACCUGCGCGGAAUACUUAAGGCUAACAAUACCGAAACGGCUGUGCGACGGUGUGCGACAUUGUCUCGAUAAAACCGACGAGUCGCCGAAAAUGUGUCAAUGCACACAAACUAGCUUCAAAUGCAACACAACAAACGACAAUGUCUGCAUCUCGCAAGAUUUCGUGUGUGAUGGUGACAAAGAUUGUCCGAAUGGCGAAGACGAAGAGGAAUGCACAAAGAUUGAAGAAUCGACAGAUAACAGACCUGGUACGGGAGAAGUGAUGCAACAAUCUUAUGGCGUAUGGCAUUCUCAGUGUUUUUCGUCACCAGUAACAUCGCAGGAAGAAGCAACGAUCGUAUGCCAAAAGCUCGGUUAUACAGAUGGAAAGAUUGAUUUUGAAAAUCAAACUUUGAGCGAGCCUGUUGUUCCGUCUCGUGACGAUUUUUAUAUGGUACGAUUAAAUCCGAACACAUGGAUAACGAUGCGCCAUGAUAAACCACUUAUAACUUUGGUCCAACCGGAAGAACCCUGCCACCGUCUCUUCGUCACAUGUAAUUCAUGAAAAGCAUAAAAGAGUAAGAUAUUCAUUAGAUUAUUUUUAUUCUACAUCCUAUUAAACGAUGCUUGAAGGGCGAUAAUAUUUUUUUCACUUUAAAAAUUAAUUUAGGAAACAUAAAACAUGAUCUAUUUCACACUCGUUUCAUAUAUUCGUUAAUUUAUUUAGUUGUAAUGAGACUACAA